AAUAGUUUCUCCAUUCCAAAAACGUGUGACAGACGGAGAGGAAUUUCGGAGGGUCAAACUUUUCUAUCUUUUCCUCCCCGUUUGAAACUUCGCCCGCCCACCAGAAGGAAGACGAAGGACGCAGUACAAAGCGGAAGCAUUCCUUGUCAAAACCUUGAAUGCCGCGUUUCCAAAAGCCUCUGCGCUGCUACAAAAACUACACUCUUUGCCUUUAGUCUUCCAAGAAAAUUAGGAAAGGUGAGAGCCAAGAGGUCGAGCUUUGAGCUCCACUGUGAAUCAAAGCUUUAAUUUUAGGCGGGACUGGGAUCGCUAGGUGGUGAUCCUUUUCGAAAAGUUUAGUUCCCUGUCUCCUCUGGCCUUUUACUAGCUGCGAGUUUUCCAUUCGCUCUCCUCGAUUAAUCAAUGUGCAAGGCCGACAGGACGGAAGAACGCCGGAGAGAAAAAGAAAUGCCGCAGCAGCAGCAGCAGCAGCAGGAUCGAGCAGUGGUGAUCCGGCACAGCUCCUCCGAGCAGAGAUUGUCCCUCCAGGAGCAAUUCGACAAGCUCGAAGUGAGCAGCACUUGCAGCUCCAGCAGCAGCAGCAGCUAUGGAUCCAGCAUUACCACCAACAGCGUCAGUAGCAGCAAGAUCAAAGUUACCUUGCUCUACCGGAAGGCCGACAACUUCAUCCUCUACAUGGAGGCCGGCAAGGACUUCGUCGACUUGCUGCUUAGCUUCCUCACGCUCCCAAUCGGCACGGCCAUGAAGCUGCUCAGGGACGGCGCCGGAUCCAAGCCCAGCGGUGGCAUCGCUAACAUCUACAGCAGCCUCCUGGAUCUGGACGAGUCGCUGUUCUACGUCGACAAGGAGCCGCUCGUCUCUCCAAAGCCGCUAGAAAGCCCCGAGUUGAGCAUCGAUCUUCUCAAGCCGAGCUUUGCUGCUGGAAUUGAAGGUGGCGGCGGCGGCGGUGGUGGCACCACUCCAAAGAGAAGCAUUGUCUACUACAAGUGUUGUAACCACGGCUGCUUGAGAUUUGUCAUCGAUCUUCCCGGCCAGAUCUGUCCCGUUUGCAAGUUUGCGAUGAGUCACAAGCUGGAGCUCAUCCAGCCCAAGGCCUCGUAUCCGCCAUCGCCAGUUGCUACUCCGACUACUCCGGUUGCUGCUGGUACACCGCGGCGAAAGGACAAGGUUGGCUACGUGAGGAAGAACAGGACCUUCAUCAUCACCGACAGCCUCGAGAUUUUGCCGCUCUCGUCCAUCACCGGGGUCAUCCUUCUCAGCAAGCUCAAGCUUGACAGCCUGAAGGACUUACAAAGUUGCCAAGUCUGUGUGGGAGUUCCAGAGGUCCUGGAACUGCUCAGAGCAUCCUUGAGCUCGCAGACAGCACUUAAUGAUGUUUUCGGGUCAAAGAAGAAGUAGCUUCGAUCGGAUCGUUCUUUUUU